AUGAGUGAUUUGAACUUAUCGUACAAAUUCAGGUCAGUUGUAUUCGGCUGUGGCGAUAAAAUUAUGAAGCAAGCUGAGAAUGAUCUUACAGGGGUAUUUCUUGUGACAGGCUACCUCUCUGGUUACUACGCACAUGAUGGGAGUCAACUUCAUCACCCUUCAUCAUCAUACGCUCUUCAGCCGCAUCAGUACCAUCUAUCACCAGAGCCUCGACACACGUCCGGAGAGCAGUCAGUGUCUGGGGUUGGUGGAGCUUCUGCAGGCUCGUCCUCUCUUUCUUCCCAUCAUAUGAGAUCACCUCCAACGGUGCAUCAUGGAAGACACCAAGGAUUGCCAGUUACAGCUUGUACUCCCAUUCAACAGCACAGAAACGGACCUGGACUUAGUGCAGGAAGUAGUAGUGGUGGCCACUCGAUGGUAGCAUCUCAUUCUCCUGCUCUUGGUCCCCAUGGCUACAUGACCGGUGGAACAGCAUCAAGCAACGAUUCUGCAAAUUCCAUGCCUCCGAAUUUUCCGCCUUCAGCCCGGGAUAGUCGGCUGAUUCAAGCGGGCCACUUAGGCAUGAAAUCGAAUUCAAAUAGUUCCGGUUCACAUGGCAGUGGAGUCCGCGCCUUCCCUCCAGUUUUUAAUCUCUCACCUCCCCUCUAUCAAACCCCAGAACCCUUAUUUGCGCCCCCAGGUCCAAUGGGUCACCCUGUCAAUAAUUUCGAACAACGGUCUAGCAUGGGUGAUAACAUGACGUAUUCGGAAGUAAAUUCCACCACUGAGAUGCACGACGCAGACAACGAAGAAGACGACUGUGCUGGUGAGACCGAUUUCGAUGAGAGCCAAAGCUUCUCUGUUUACGGUCAAACCUCCCCAAUAGGCUUCCAUCGCCCUGUUGUUCUUAAUAAUAACAAGACCAGCCAUAGUCAAGCGCGUAGAGUUACUGCCGGUAACUCGCCUGAGUCAUCGAAAGUUCUCGCAUAG